CCGGAGUCAGGUAGUCAGCUCGCGUCCUCCUGAUACCCCAGCGCCGGCGACCUCAAUCUGUCCGGCAAGCCUGGGAACCCAGAAGGCAAUAGGGGUCCAGGAGCUGCUGCACAGCUGAGACCUGUAGGCACUUAGCCCUUCCUACCACAAAAUUAACCGGACUCUCCAUCGCCGUCAGGGCGCCUCGGAAACCAGGAGAUCCUGAGGGCCUUUAAGGAAGUGAUUAAUGUUAAAUAAGGUCGUAAGGGUGGAGCCCUAAUCCAACAAGAUUAACAUUCUUUUAAGAAGAGGAAGAGACACCAGCGUCUGCAAGCACAGAAGGCCAUGUGAGGAGCCACAAAACCAGGGCUGUCUGCCUGGCAUCAUGCCAAGGUAGGCGGAUAGCUUGAGCAGAUACGAAGAAAAGACACCUUCCUACUGAGCAGCUGCCCAGCUCCUGCUCAGUUUUGCUUGGGAGUAGCAGCUCCGGCCACAGAAAGCAAGCCGGUAAGUCUCUCCAGGUAGGACUUGCUGCAACCCAGCUGCUGGACUGAUUUGAAGUGGGACUUUGCAUACUCUUCAAAGUGUGGUGAGUUGGUGCUGACUUCAAAAUUGCCUGGUGAAGGAAGAGAAGGUGGAUCCAGAGACUAAGGGGAGAGGGAGAAGCCCUGCUCCUCUUCUCCCCACCAAGGCACAAUGAGCAACAUCUGUCAGAGGCUCUGGGAGUACCUAGAAUCCUAUCUCCCCUGCUUGUCGGCGGAGGCAGACAAGUCAACGGUGAUUGAAAAUCCUGGGGCGCAUUGCUCUCCCCAGUCACAGAGGCAUGGCCACUACUUUGUGGCUUUGUUUGAUUACCAGGCUCGGACUGCUGAGGAUCUGAGCUUCCGGGCAGGUGAGAAACUUCAAGUUCUGGACAGUUCGCAUGAGGGCUGGUGGUUUGCCAGACACUUGGAGAAAAGGCGAGAUGGCUCCAGUCAGCAACUACAGGGCUAUAUUCCUUCUAACUACGUGGCUGAGGACAGAAGCCUACAGGCAGAGCCGUGGUUCUUUGGAGCAAUCAGAAGAUCAGAUGCAGAGAAACAACUGUUAUAUUCAGAAAAUAAGACGGGUGCCUUUCUAAUCAGAGAAAGUGAAAGCCAAAAAGGAGAAUUCUCUCUUUCAGUUUUAGAUGGAGGAGUUGUAAAACACUACAGAAUUAAAAGACUGGAUGAAGGGGGCUUUUUUCUCACCCGGAGAAGAACCUUUUCAACACUGAACGAAUUUGUGAGCCACUACACCAAGACGAGUGACGGCCUGUGUGUCAAGCUGGGGAAACCAUGCUUAAAGAUCCAGGUCCCAGCUCCAUUUGAUUUGUCAUAUAAAACCGUGGACCAGUGGGAGAUAGACCGCAACUCCAUACAGCUUCUGAAGCGAUUGGGAUCUGGUCAGUUCGGCGAAGUAUGGGAAGGUCUGUGGAACAAUACCACUCCAGUAGCAGUGAAAACAUUAAAACCAGGUUCAAUGGAUCCACGUGACUUCCUGAGGGAGGCACAGAUAAUGAAGAACCUAAGACAUCCAAAGCUUAUCCAGCUUUAUGCUGUUUGCACUUUAGAAGAUCCAAUUUAUAUUAUUACAGAGUUGAUGAGACAUGGAAGUCUGCAAGAAUAUCUCCAAAGUGAUGCUGGGUCAAAAAUCCAUCUGACUCAACAGGUAGACAUAGCGGCACAGGUUGCCUCUGGAAUGGCCUAUCUGGAGUCUCGGAACUACAUUCACAGAGAUCUGGCUGCCAGAAAUGUCCUUGUUGGUGAACAUAAUAUCUACAAAGUAGCAGAUUUUGGACUUGCCAGAGUUUUUAAGGUAGAUCAAAAUGAAGACAUCUAUGAAUCGAAACACGAAAGAAAGCUGCCGGUGAAGUGGACUGCCCCCGAAGCCAUUCGUACUAAUAAAUUCAGCAUUAAGUCCGAUGUGUGGUCAUUUGGAAUCCUUCUUUAUGAAAUCAUUACUUAUGGCAAAAUGCCUUACAGUGGUAUGACAGGUGCCCAGGUAAUCCAGAUGUUGGCUCAAAACUAUAGACUUCCCCAGCCAUCCAAUUGUCCACAGCAAUUUUACAACAUCAUGUUGGAGUGCUGGAAUGCAGAGCCUAAGGAACGACCUACAUUUGAGACACUGCAUUGGAAACUUGAGGACUAUUUUGAAACAGACUCUUCAUAUUCAGAUGCAAAUAACUUCAUAAGAUGAACACUGGAGAAGAAUAUCAAAUAAUAAAGUAGCAAAACAAAUUCAAAUAGUCAGUUCCAAAGUACAAUGUUAUCAACCAACUCCACAAUCAGUUUAUCCUGAAGUAUUCAAGUGAUAGGAUAAAGUUGGCCAUGUAUUAUAAAAAAGAUUAUUUGUGCAUUUUAUUGACUGGGCAACACUGCAAGGCAAUCAAGGUGAUAUAUAAUUUCCUCACUGCCUGGUAAAAUUAAGCACACUAAACAAAGUUAUUUUUCUUUUUAAGAGAUACUUACAUUUCAAUUUAUUGUUUGAAAUGCCGAUCAAGAGAAUCAACAGAUGAUAGUCAGUUUUUACUCAGUGGCUGUUGUAGCAUCUUCCCGUUUACUGAUUAGAGUGGUUAUUCAUUAUUCCUCAGAUUGCUGAAUCCCAUCAGGCUGUUAUUAUAAAGGAAUUUGAUUGCUUUGCUGCACAGCAGGACCUGUGCUUUGAGAUUUUUUUUUCUCUUUUAAAAUAUCCUGUAACUACAAUGAUGGUAAAGCCAUGUUAAAUGA